AUGAAGGGUUCACCUGGACCUGAACAAGGCUCAGAGGCUGGAGUGGAGAACACUUUAUGCAACAGCAACCCCUUUGGGCAGUUCAGGUACAUAACAUUGCCAGGGGUCAAGAACGAAGGGGAUGUGGCGAGCACCUUAAACAUCCUCAAUGUCUUGGAUGAACUUCUGUCAGCUGGUUCAGAUCGUCGUAUCCACUAUUUAAUUAAUAAAGGUGGCAGCGAGGCCUUGCUGUCUGUGUUGGUCAACACUGGCCUCAGUUUCUGUCCCAAUUACACUGUCCUGCUGCCACUGCUGCACCUGCUGGCUAAAGUUGGACACAGAGAUAGUCGAAUUGGUUUGAAGGCAGAGGAGACUGGAGCUGUGCUGCUGACUCUGAAUCUGCUAAAACACAAUGCCAAACAUGUCAAGAUGGCUGCUGCCUGUCUCUGGGUCAUCCAAGUGUUUUCUUCAUCAGUUUCUGCAGCCAACCUAAUAGGAGAAAACCAUGGACUGGAUGUCAUCUUCCACCUCAUCCCUCAGUAUACCACCAAAAAUCUGCACACCAUCAAGGCAGCAAUUAAUGCCUUUGCCGCCCUGCUGUGUUCAAAGGCUAACGUUUGUUCUGUGAUAUCAAAGGGUUACAUCUCUGGCCUAUUGCAACUUUAUGAUGACUGGCACAGCAAAGAUACUCAACAUACUGCCAUAGAAAUCCGGCACAUGCUGCUGCGCUGCCUCCAUAAGGUCACCCACAACAAUCCUGGCAGACAGGAUUUCAUAUCCCAGGGAGGACUCAGACUGCUGUAUCACACCACACAGACAAAUUUGUUGAUGAAAGGUCUGGAGUCUCUGAUUGAGCCCUCUGUGCAGUUGAUGAGGAAGUGUCUCCCCAAAACUCCUCUACCACUGACAUCAGAUCAGUCUGCAUACACCUUUCUCCUGCCAGGAAGAGCGCAUGCCAUCCCUGAUGUAGACAUUGCACCAGAUAACAGCAGUGAGGAGAGUGACGAUGAUGACGCUGAAAAGCAACAGGCAGAGAGCAAAGAUUAUGAUGAUGACUUGGAGACAGACCUGAAUAGACUUUGUCUUCGUCCGGACCUAGACAGACCUUUAGAGCUGCUGCCACAGUAUGGCCACCUGUGUCCUGAACUCUCACAUGACUUUAAGGAACUUAAUCUUAGUUCAGCGCCAGAGGAGAGUUCACCAUCAUCAGAUGAGGAAGCUUUGCUGCUCAACACUUUCUCCCCUCACUCCACCAGGAUGGACAGAAAGAAGGGUGAUUCCAACAAUGAGUUGUCCACUUCCUCUUCAGGCUCUCAGUCAGACACAGACACCUCCACAAAGGAAAACACAACAGCUGCUGACCAGCUAGAGACCCCUGACUUUCUCUGUCACAGCAGCAUCCUCGGCUGUAGGACUACAGAAAGAGAGCUAAGGGGAGAAGCCGCCCAAGGUCUUAAAGAAAAUGAACAAGUUGAAGAGCAGGAUGGAGGAGAAGAGCUCCCCCACUGUACCAUGAUAGACAAGUUAUUGAAGAGACAUGGAGCCUGUAUUCCGCACCAUGAACCCCAGCUGUAUCGUGCUGUAGCCACUCAAACCAAGUCUAUUCCAGGGUUCAGCAUCCUACCUUUCCCUGAUUUCUGGGGUCAUGUCCCUCCAGCAAGACAUGAACCCAUGGUCCCUCGCAAACCCAACAUACAGAGAGAGAAAGUGUUUGAAGAUGUCCAACGUUUCUUGAAUACUGCUGACAUCAUCAACCAGGUAGUCUAUGACCUAGAAGACAGCAGCCUUCAGUGUCUGUCAGAUUCUCUGAGGUUUUUCUCUAACUUCGAGUGUGGGAACUUGAGGAAGGCUGUUCAUAUCCGCAGAUAUGAAUAUGACCUCAUAUUGAAUGCAGAUGCCAACUGUUCCCAGCACACCCAAUGGUUUUACUUUGAAGUCAGUAAUAUGGUGGCAGAUGUCCCCUACCGUUUUAAUGUCAUCAACUGUGAGAAGAGCAACAGCCAAUUCAACUAUGGAAUGCAGCCAGUGCUGUACUCAGUAAGGGAAGCUCUGGAAGGUAGACCGCACUGGACCAGGACCGGAACUGAAAUUUGUUAUUUCAGAAACCACUUUUGUCCAGCUCAAGGAAGAAGAAAAACAAACUUUUACACUCUGACCUUUACCAUCAACUUCAAACACAACGAGGAUGUCUGCUACCUGGCCUACCAUUAUCCCUACACAUACUCUGCCAUGAAGGCUCAUCUGAAUGUGCUGCAAAAAUCCGUGGACCCUGCCAUUGUGCUUUUCCGACAGCAGAUUCUUUGUAGCACUUUGGCUGGAAACCUUUGUCCAGUGGUUACCAUCACUGCCUGUCCUGCCAGCAGGGCCUGGAAAGACAUGCACCAGCUCCGUAAUCGUCCCUGUAUCGUGCUGACAAGCCGUGUCCAUCCUGGUGAGUCCAAUGCCAGCUGGGUUAUGAAGGGGACCCUUGAGUUUCUGUGCAGCAGUGACCUGGUGGCUCAGUGUCUGAGGGAAGCCUUUGUCUUCAAGAUCAUCCCAAUGCUUAAUCCGGACGGAGUCAUCAAUGGCACGAAUCGCUGUGAUCUGAACAGUCAAGAUCUGAAUCGUCAGUGGUGUAAACCAGACCCCAUCCUCAGUCCAACCAUUUACCACACAAAAGGCUUCCUCUACUACCUCAACAGUAUAGGGCGAACUCCAUUGGUUUUUUGUGACUACCACGGUCACUCCAGAAAGAAGAAUGUGUUCCUGUAUGGCUGCAGUGUGAAGGAGACUCUCUGGCAGUCUGGAUCUGCAGUUGACACUUUAGGAUUAAAAGAGGACCCUGGAUAUAGGACCAUUCCAAAGACCCUGGAUCGUAUUGCACCUGCCUUUUCUUUCAACAGCUGCAACUAUUUGGUUGAAAAGUCUCGCUCUGCCACAGCCAGGGUGGUUGUCUGGAGGGAGAUGGGUGUGCUAAGAAGUUACACAAUGGAGAGUACUUACAAUGGUUGUGACCAGGGAAUAUACAAGGGCCUGCAAACCGGAACCAGGGAGCUCCAGGAGAUGGGGGUGAAGUUCUGCCACAGUCUGCUUUCUGUAACUAAAGACAUGAAGGCUCUUUACGGCAGGAGACUCAGCAACCACAUUGGCCUAGAUCAUAACAUCCUCGACCACAACACUCACAACUUUUUUGAAGACGAUGAGCCUCCAUGUGUUGAGGAGAUUGAGUAUUCCACAAACUGUCCCACUCUCAAAGGCACUGAUCUGGAUUCAGAUAUCAACAGCAACAUAGCCAUUGUGGAUGAAGACGAAGAUGGCAAUGGCAUAGGACAAACGGGAGCAAAGCAGCAUCAAGGCAGCAUUGGCGUGUUGCAACAGUCAAAUAUGAAGAGCUGCCUAUUCCCUGAUUCAAUCAGACAGGCAUCAAUCAAAACACUCAUUGAGAACAGAAACAAGUGUCAGGGUGUGGGCAUUGUCAAUGGACAAAUCACAAGUUAA